UGAUAACACUCUGGACUCAUUUAGUCAUAGCCGGCUGCUAAACAUUAUUCCACCGACCUGAAUGCCUGCCAACAAUGGAUUUCAGUUAAAAUUUGUCUUGCAAAGCGUUAACAACGGCUAACGCAUAUUGAUAAGAGGAAAUAAUUGAUAAAAAAAAGAAAUAGAGCAACGGAAAAAAUGUAUUUGCUUAAGGGAAUUGGAUCAUACGGAUGUGUGGGAGUACUUUUGGUAUUUGCCCUGAUGACACCCAGUGAGGGAGCCAUUAAAUGUCUCCAGUGUGAUUCGAAAGCCAAUGCAGAUUGCUCGGAUAAUACUAAAAUAACAGCCAGCGAUUGUGCCGAUACCCUUGCCGAUGCCACCGAAUGUUUUGUUAGCAAUGAUGGAACAGUUGUCACACGAGGCUGUCUUGCCAAGGAUCAGGCCUGCAAUAGCCCCAAUUGCCUGAAAUGUACGGGAAAUGCUGAAACCGGCUGUAAUACCAAUAACAUUUCCUUACCAACCGAAUUCCAAUGCAUUGUUUGUCGCAGCGAUGAGAACAAGGACUGCUGGAAUGAUGCCACCAAAUUUACUGGCCAGAAGUGUAGAACUGGUGAUAGCUCUCCCGAGGAUGGUUGUUUCCAUGGUGUUUGGAAUAGCGUUGCCAUACGUGGCUGUUACAUUGAUGCCGAUGCCAAAACUAAGGCCACCUGUGCCGAUGCCACGAACAAUCAGUGCAAAUUGUGCCACACAGCAAACUGUAAUACGGAAAAAUCCUCAUCUGGCGCCCAAAGUAUUGGCAUUUUUAUGGGUCUUAUUAUGGCUAUGCUCUCAGUUGUUUAUUAUGUUAAUUAAGAGAUUCCGAAUUAGUGGGUAUUUGGUACCCAAAAAUAAUAAAAUUAUUUUAGCUUUUUUUCUCCCUCUUGUUUCGUA